UGGAGAGGAGGUUGGAGCGGUGAGUGCAGCCCGGACAUGGCGCCAUGGAGCUGCACUGGAGGGGACCCUGGAUCCUUUGCCUGCUGCCGGUGCUGGUGGGGGGUCAGCCGCUGGCCACCGACUUGGCGACCUAUGAGGAGCGGACAGUGACGGGUGUGCGGGGCCGGGCGGUGGAGCUGAGCUGCGGUGCCGCGCGGGCCCCGGCACCUGCCCCAUCUGUCGUCUUCUGGAGCUUCGCGGGGGGUGCGGAGCCGCCACGGGCCGUGGCCGUGGGCUCAGGGCCAGAGGUGCUGGUGGCCCCCGGGGCCGGGGCGCUGGGCCGGGUGAGGCUGCGCAACGGGACCCUGGAGCUGCGGGAGCUGCGGGUGGGUGCCCAAGGCCGGUUCCUCUGCCAGGGGCUCUUCCCCGAGCCCGACCGGCUCCGCGUUGGAUACGCCGCCAUCCUCUUGCGCGUCCUGGUGCCCGUUUCCAAGCCCUUUGUGCACCCUACGGUGGCAGCGGCGGCAGAGGGGACGGUGGUGGCCCUGACCUGCGCUGUGAGAGAGGGGACAGAGCCACUCAGCUUCUCCUGGCACCACCAGGAGCCCCGGGGUGGCCCCUCAGCCUACCCUGCUGGGCUGGAGGGCUUCGGGGCCCAGCUGCACCUGACACCGGCCAACCGUAGCCACGCCGGCUGGUACACCUGCACCGUGGGCAACGAGGUCAACAACCAGACCAGCGAGCCCGUCUACCUCGACAUUGUCUAUGGCCCUGAUGAGCCGGCCAUCAGCAUGGAGCCAUUCUCACCUGAGCCAGGGGGCUUCUCAGUGGGUGAGCGGGAGGACGUGGUGCUGAGCUGCCUGGCCCCCUCCAACCCCCCCAGCCGCUACAUCUGGCUCCACAAUGGGUCCCAGGUCCACAUGGGCCAGACCUACAUCAUGGCUGCCAUCACCCGUGCCCAGGCGGGCACCUACACCUGCCUGGCCGAGAACACCCACCUGCAGACCCGUACACAGGCCACCAUCCUCCUCACCGUCUACUAUCCACCAGCUGGCAGCCCCAUGUGCUCUGCCCUGGCCACUGAUGACCUGCAGGCGGUGGCCCUGCGGUGCCACUGGCCCGGGGGCUUUCCCCCUGCUCGCCUGCGCUGGGUUGGCCCUAGGCCCCCCUGGGAGGAGGAUGAUGAAGAGGGGAGAAUGGGGAUGAGUUUUUCCAUGACCACCAGAAUCCAGCCUGGGGUGGCCACCAGGAAUGGCAGCUCAUUCUCCUGCCUGGCCUCACAUCCCGCACUGCCACAGGGGGCUGCCUGUGGGACCACCCUCUGGGUCCCAGGCGGCAGCCCCCUCUGCACAGCAGCGGCCACCAAGGGUGACGACUACAUCAUGCUGCGGUGCUGGUGGGAGGGGGGGACACCACCAGUCACCCUGCACUGGUGGGAUGGCGAGGGCAAGGCCUUGGGUGACCCUGGACCUUCCAGCGCCGUCCUGGUGCUGAGCACCACUGGCAGCCUGGGGGGCCGGGACUUUGUCUGCACGGCCGCCCAUCCCCUGCGCCCUGCCGGCGCCGAGUGCCACCUGAGGCUGGGUAAGCCGGUCCAGUGCCCCCAUGGCCUUGGGGUGACACAUCCUCCUGGCCAUUGAUUGACAUGUCCCAACACUUCUCACCGCACAGAGGUCCCUGAGCUGGAGGCAGAGAGGAGUGAGGUGGUGGUGCUGGAGGGUGGCGAGGCACGGCUGGCGUGCCAGCGACGUGGCAGUAGUGCUGAUCUUGGUGCCACCCUGGCCUGGUAUGACCCUGAAGAGCGGGAGGUGACACCUGGGAUGGCCAAGUACCGGGUGGAGCGAGGAGAAGCUUGGGUCAACCUGACUGUGCAGGAUGCUGAGUGGCCAGCGGACGGUGGGACCUACCACUGCACUGCUGCCAACGCAGUGGGCACUGCCAGCCUCCCUGUCCACCUCCGUGUGGACCGAUACCCAGCCCCCCCUAACGUCACCAUCAGCAAGCUGCGGUACACGCGGGCACGCACUGAGGUGCGGCUGGAAUGGCGGACACACGGCGCUGGGAACCUCACUGGCUUUGUGGUGCAGCGGCGCCAGGCCAAGAAACCCCCCUGGCGGGUGCCCGGCCCCUGGGAAACGGCGGCCGGUGACAUCGAGCCCCACUCCCGCGACCAGCGCUUGGGGGGGCUGGACCCAGCGGUGGUCUACGCUUUCCGUGUCCUGGCUGUUAACCACCGGACGGCCGGGCACCCUUCCGAGGUGCAGACACCAGCUGAGCCUCCCUUUGAGGCCUACCCAGCAGUGAUGGGAGCAGCGGUGGUGGGGAUGCUGGUGGCCACAGUGGCCUCACUCCUGGCCAUGCGCUGGGUCGCCCACCACCGCAACACCCUCCCACGGCUGCAUGACCUGCUCUUCCACAUGGCCAGCCGCAGUGCCCAGGAGCCCGUUGGCAGCCCCGAGGACCCCGAAGCAGCUGAGAGCAGCGAGGAUGGAGCGGCACCGGCACCAGGAGCUGCGGCUGCCCACAGCACAGCAGCAGAGUCACUCUCAGCACCACCAGAGGCCACCAAGGACCUCCAAGGUUAACAUCACCACCACCAUGAUGAAUGUGAUUCCAUGACCCCUCUGGCUUUUCCUCCUUGUUCCCCUGCCCUCACACCCACCUGCACCACGUCCCGCUCAUCCCUUCGGACUAAUAAAACCAGGAAGAGUGGACACAUCUCCCAGGCCUCAGCUCUGGUGACGCUGCCCAAGCCAACACUCAGCAGCCGGAAAAACAUCCGGGAUCCAGCCCCACACGGAAAAUCUGGCAAAGGGGUUUUUGCUUCUUUGUGGUAUUUAAAAAGCAGUCAGGGGAGAUGGGUGAUUUUUCUGAGGGUUUGGGCAAGGGAAAACUUUUCAAAUCACAAAAAGUGGGCAGAACCAGUGAAACUGGGUUAUAGUCCAGGCAGGAACAAAGGUGGGAUUCACCAGCAACCUCAUGCUGGGUUUUAUCCAUUUUUAGGCAGCAGAGGGGACGAGACUGCCCAGCACCCAGCAAAAUCUUCUUCCCAGCUCAGCA